CACUCCUGCCCCUGGAGGAGGCUCAGUGCAGAGGGAGGAAGGACAGCAGAGCUGAAGCACCUGGACAGCGGCAGUUGUGAUCACUUCUGGAGCCCAGGCUCUUCUCACGGAGGGAGGGACAGAGCAGGCAGCAGACACCAUGGAGCCCCCCUCAGCCCCUGCACACAGAAGGCACAGCCCCUGGCAGGGUCUCCUGCUGGCAGUCUUACUCAUAACCUUCUGGAACCCGCCCACCACUGCUCAACUCACUAUUGAAUCAGUGCCGCCCAAUGGUGUCCAAGGGAAGGAUGUUCUUCUGCUUGUCCACAAUCUGACAGAGAAUCUCAUAGGCUAUGGCUGGUUCAAAGCAGACAGAGUCGAUCCCAAUCAACAAAUUGCAGCAUAUAUGAUAGACACACAAGAAAUUACCCAAGGGCCUGUAUACAGUGGUCGGGAGACAAUAUACCCAAAUGGAUCCCUGCUGUUCCAGAACGUCACCCAGGAGGACAUAGGAUACUACACCCUACAAGCCUGGACAAAAAAUUUUCAAAGUCACGUAGGAACUGGACAGCUCCACGUAUACCCGGAGUUAACCAAACCCAACGUCACAUGCAACAAGUCCAGCCCCGUGGAGCAUGAGGACCGUGUAGUGUUAACAUGUGAACCUGAGACUCAGGACACCACCUACCUGUGGCUGAACAACAAUCAGAGCCUCCUGGACAGCACCUGGCUGGAGCUGUCCCCGGACAACAGGACUCUCACUUUACUCCGUGUCACAAGGAAUGACACAGGACCCUAUGAAUGUGAAACCCGGAACCCAGUGAGUGCCCGUCGCAGUGACCCAUUCUACCUCAAUGUUCUCUAUGGCCCGGAUGCCCCCACCAUUUCCCCCUCAGACUCCUAUUACCGUCCAGGAGCAAACCUCAGCCUCUCCUGCCACGCGGCCUCUAACCCGCCUGCACAGUAUUCUUGGCUUAUUAAUGGGAGGCCCCAGCAAUCCACACAGGAGCUCUUUAUCCCCAACAUC